ACCCUCUUCUUCCGCUGAACACGUAGCCAGCAGCUCUAGAAAGUAGAAGUGCCCUGGCGAAGCGAAGAGGGGAUUGGAUUACCUGGGAUUUCCUUCGCUGCGUGCAAGGCCCUUCAGUCUUCCGCGCUUCGUUUCUGCGCCGGCCGGAUCUCCAGGAGGCAUGGAUGGGAAGAACUUAAGCAGUGGGCAACAAGCUCAACAAGCUAAGUUAGAUGCGUUGUCACCUGAUCAGGGCACCCUGACGCACAAUGCAGAUUCUGUCACCGGAAAGGUGAGUCCGGUAAAUGGUCAUGAACCUGUAGAUAUGAACAUGGAAGCUGCUAUCUCUGCCGAUGAUGUCAUGCGAGCCGGAGGCUUCGGUGCAAAAGACGACAUUGGCAGCCUCCUACCAACGGCUAUGGACUCCACCGACUUUGAGGCCUCGCUGCGGGAUGCCCGCGACUUCGAAGACGAACAAGAGAAGCCAUCACAUCCUGGGCUGGGUUACAAAGCAACCGAAGCUGACGUCGGAAGCAAGCCAUCGGAAGUGCCUCCGCAGUGAGCCUAUCUUCCUUGCACAGUUUUAGCUUCUGAAGAACCUAUGUUUUUGUUACACAUCUGUAGUUUCCAGCUUCUAAACUGUGUGUUUAAGUCGGCAGCAUUCUGUUGUUUCUAUGAUGGAUGGACAUGAGUUUAUGAGUUCAUGAGUAGUUUUCAUUUUUAUA